AUGGGAACAUGUAUCGGAUGUGUUGCUAAGCCACCUCUGCGUCUACCGUUCAGAUCGGAAAUCCCACUUCCACAGCCGGUUCCCGUGCAAGUGGAGGUCACCGUGCAGGACAUCAUGGAGCUCUCUGUACUAAGCAACAGCUUCUCAGCUGAUGUCUGGUUUAGUUCAAUAUGGCACGACGAGCGUCUGGCAUUUCACCAUCUUGAUAGUUGCAGGGCAAAUAUGUCGUUCGACGACAAAUUUGAAACGAUGUUAUGGUCUCCUAAUGUGUGCAUUGUCAACACGAAAUCGACAACGGUCCACAAUUCACCGAAGCCGAACGUGUUGCUCAUGUUGAUGCCAAACGGCACAAUUUGGCUCAACUACAGGGUGAAAGUGGAGUCGCCUUGUUCGAUGAAUCUCGAACGAUUUCCGAUCGACGAACAGUUGUGCUCACUGGUGUUCGAGAGUUAUUCGUACAACACGGCGACGGUCAGCAUCAACUGGAUGCCGACUCCGAUCACGAUACUCGACGACAUCAGUUUGCCCGAUUUCGACUUGUCCGGUUUCCGCACUUACAAGCAUAUUGAGAUGUACUUCCCUACAUAUAUCUCGGUCUUCAUUUCUUGGUUUGCGUUCUGCAUUGACACUAAAGCAUUACCGGCUCGAAUCGUAUUAGGAGUAAACUCGCUAAUGUCGCUAACGUUCCAAUUUGGCAAUAUUAUUCGGUCAUUGCCGCCGGUGUCCUACAUCAAAGCGAUCGACAUCUGGAUGUUCACUUGCGUUGCCUUCAUUUUCGCAUCACUGCUCGAAUUGGCCUUCGUUGCCUACCAGGUAGGAAUGCUAACUGUUGUGUAG